AUGUCAAGGGACUUGGAAGACAAGACUUGGGGCUCCACACAGACCAAUGUUAAGAAAUUCAGUUACAAAUGGACCAUUAGCAACUUUUCAUUUUGCAUGGGGGGAAUUCAGAGAAACAUCAGUAGCCCAGUGUUCUCAGUAGAGGCCAGUGGCAAAGUGGCAUUCUGUUUGAGAGUAUAUCCAAACGGGGUUGAUGAUGAAAGCAAAGAUUACCUGUCAGUUUUCCUGGUGUUGGUCAGCUGUCCAAAGAGACCAGUUUGGGCAAAGUUCAAGUUUUGGAUCAUAAAUUCCCAAGGAAAGAAAUAUCAAUGUAUGAAGAGCCCCAAGGUUGUAAGCUGUCUGCAAUACCAACACAGAGGAUUCAAAAAGUUCAUUCUUCGAGAUCGGAUUCUCUCCAAUCUGCAUUGGCUUCUCCCUCAAGACCAGCUCACCCUCUGCUGCAAGGUGGACAUAGUAGGAGCUUUCUUUAGUAUACCAAGACAGAACAUGACACUUGCCAUCAAGGAUUCGAGGAACAGGUUGACAGAUGACCUAGGGGAGCUGUGGGAGAAAUCUCUCUUCACAGACUGUUGCCUGUUGGUGGCUGGCCAUGAAUUCGGGGCUCACAAGGCCAUCCUAGCAGCUCGAUCUCCAGUUUUCAGAGCCAUGUUUGAACAUGAAAUGAAGGAAAGCCUAACGAACCAUGUUGAGAUCCAAGACCUAGAUCCCCAAGUCUUCAGGGAGAUGAUGCGCUUCAUUUACAGUGGGAAGGUGCCACAACUCCACAGCCACUCCAUGGCCACUGGUGUGCUGGCAGCUGCUGACAAGUAUGGCCUGGAGGGCUUGAAGGUCCUGUGUGAGGAUGCCCUCUACAGGAAUCUGUCUGUGGAGAAUGCUGCAAACACUCUCAUGCUGGCUGACCUCCACAGCACAGAGCAACUGAAGGCUCAGGCCCUGGAUUUCAUUUCAUUUCAUGCUUCUGAGGUCUCUGAGACCUCAGGGUGGAAGUCAAUGGUGGAGUCACAUCCCCACUUGGUGGCUGAGGCAUUCCACUUUCUGGCUUCUACACAAUGUCCUUUCUUGGAGCCUAAAGUCCUCUCAGGAGCUACCCAGCUAUGA